CAGGACACGGAAAGUGGCAAAAGACAACAUUGAAAGUAAAACGCCCAGAUGUUAACAACUCCCUUUCGGAGGGAUCUGCUUGCGGAUAUUCGCGUGCGUAACUGCGCAUGCGCAAGUCGUAGACAUGGGGGCGGAGCUUGCUCGUGCCGCGACUCAUCCCCUUCACAAUGGAGCCACAGGAUGGUCUUCAAGUCGGUCAUUACGAGGACUCGAGGAAGAGACCACACAUUUCUCUGGAGUACGAAGGACGGCCGCCAGGCGGCGGUGUGAGGGUGAAACAGGAGUUCCCUGAGCCGCACACGUCCGGCUACUACUGCGGGGGACCGCCACCACACGACCACUUUAGUCCCUGUGGUGUCAAGACAGAGCCUGGGGUUGGUAAUGGGUCGUGUUCUUCGAGGUUACAGCACUCACCGUCCUUCAUGUCUCCUUCAACUCUGUGGUAUCCUCAUCCCACUCAGACCACCACCCUACCUCAAGACCUUUCACAUACCCAAUUCCAACCUUUCUCUAGUCCUGUCAAGUCCAACAUGCAACUGGUUAAUGGUGCAACAAACACAGCUGUCACCCACUAUCCAGGAUUGUAUACCUACCCCCCUGGCUACCCUAACCCUGAUCACUCCUCUGCCUACCCUUACUCCCCCUGGGGCCUCGGCUCACCCCUCACCUAUGAGUGGAGCCACAUUUGGCAGUCUGGCAGGAGUGGACAUGACCUCGUCGCUGGAGGAGGGAGGGGUAAGCCCCUGUCCUGAUGAGGAGGGGGCUAGCAGGAAGAGGAAGAGUCCGCGAGGCCCGAGCAGACUGAAACAGGAGCUGGCGGAGGACGAUGGGUGGGAGCCUCCUCUCUGGAGACAGCAGCUGGAGAACAUCUCCAAGAUGAGGGAGAAGAGAGAUGCUCCUGUGGACCUCAUGGGGGCUCACAAGAAUGCUGAGCAGACCACCAACGUCUCUCCUCAGGUCCGUCGCUAUCAGGUGCUGGUGUCACUGAUGCUGUCCAGUCAGACCAAAGACCAGAUCACCGCCAAGGCCAUGACAGCUCUCAAGACACACGGUCUCACCAUCGAGAACAUCAUCAGCACCCCAGAGGAAGAGGUUGCCAAACUGAUUCAUCCAGUGGGAUUCUGGAGGAAGAAGGCUGGUUAUAUCAAGAGAGUGUCUCAAAUACUGCUGGAUGAGUAUGGGGGAGAUAUUCCUGCUACCAUGGACCAGCUGGAGAGGAAAAUGGUCUGGUGACUAUUGAACAGUGUAUUGGUAUUGCUGACUCAUCAUUGUCGAUUGGAAAGUGUUCCCUGCCGGGAGUGGGACCCAAGAUGUCUCACCUGGUGAUGGACAUUGCCUGGGACAGCACCAGUGGAGUGGCAGUAGACACCCAUGUCCACAGGAUCUCCCACCGGCUGGGCUGGAUGAGGAAACCUACUGAGAAUCCGGAGGUGACGCGAGUCUGCAUUGAGAAGUGGCUCCCAAAGUCAGAGUGGAGGGAGCUGAACUGGCUGCUGGUGGGGUUCGGCCAGCAACGCUGUCUCCCUAAUGCCCCCAAGUGCCGGGGCUGUCUGAAUGAGGAUAUCUGCCCUUCCAGCAAGCUGAAGGACGGAGGUCCGUGGGGGAGGAAGAAGAGACCAGUCAAGAGAGAGCUGCUAGAGCCAGUCAAGGCUGAACCAUCAAUCAUAGCAAACUAGUCAUCUUCAUAACUGUUUAUAAUCCACCCAGCAUUCAACUAACAUCUCAUGCCACCAAAUGGAAGUUCAGACCUCUGUGCAGUAUAUAAUAUAACUUGAAUGUG